AUGUUGGAGGUGGUGCUGAACGACAGGCUGGGGAAGAAGGUGAGGGUGAAGUGCAACGAGGAUGACACCAUCGGCGACCUGAAGAAGCUGGUGGCGGCGCAGACUGGAACCAAGGCGGAGAAGAUAAGGAUCCAGAAGUGGUACACCAUCUACAAGGACCAUAUCACUCUCGCCGACUAUGAGAUUCACGACGGCAUGGGCCUCGAGCUCUACUACAACUAA